AUGUUUCCUGUUAAGUGUUGGUCUUUGGCUCUUGCCGUGACAUUGCAAGCAGCUACUUCGGUCUCCGCCCAAGGAUUGUCCGAGAAAGUCUGGGCAGUCUUCGCAUACACUCUUCAUGGGGACAGUGUUCCAACAGCCCUCCCCCGUCCACAGACUUUGAGCCCGUACGGUGCCAACGAGCUCUACACAGCAGGUUCUUCCUUCCGAGACCGAUAUGUUGCUGUGCAUUUCGACGAUUCUGCUGAGAAACUAAGGAUCCAGAAUUUGUCUCCAUACGUGCUAGACUCAGAGGAAGUGAUUGUUCUUUCAAGCACCGAACAAUCGGAUGUGGGCUCUGCCCAAGCUUUUAUGCAGGGGCUCUAUCCUCCUCUGAAACGGGCUGGCAACUUGAUGUAUUCCGACUCGUCAUCUGUGUUAGCCAAUGGCUCCAUAAUUACCGCACCCUUUGAAGGGUACCAGUACCCGCAAAUCCUAGCCCCCAGCUCGGACGACCCUCAGUCACUUGUGGUAGCCGGGCAUGAUCAAUGCCGGGGACACGAAGUCGCGAGUUCCGAAUAUCAAUCUAGCAACGAGUUCCAGCAAAUCACACAAGAAACGGAGGCGUUUUACAUCGGCCUUUACGACCAAGCAUUGUCCGGUGUCUACUACCGCUCUUCUGUCACGUACAAGAAUGCCUGCGACAUCGCGGAGUACUUGGAAUACGAAUUGAUACACAACGGAACUUUGAUGCACGUAUUGAGUAUGGAAGACAUCAAACAUGCACGUUUGCUGGCCGACCAAUACCUCUGGGCGACAAAUGGAAGGAGGUAUACUUGGAAUCCCCUGUUGUCUAGUUUCACUGAUGGUGCUAUUCACACCAUUGCCGGACGAACUCUAGCGUCACGUAUUUUGGAAGCCUUUGGAACUAAUGUCCAAUAUCGGGGAACCAACGAGAAAAUGACACUUGCAUUUGGCGGUCCUGAGCCUGCCAUAGCUCUCGCAUCGCUUACAAAACUUUCGUCUAGGUAUGAUGGUUUCUAUCCACGCCCGUCACUUGGUGGUUCGAUGGUAUUCGAGCUCUAUAGUCGGGAAACCGAAGACAACCCGACCUAUCCAGAUCCUUCCGAGCUUUACGUUCGGUUCGUGCUCCACAAUGGAACCGAUACUUCCACCAGAUUCACUACAUAUCCUCUCUUCGGAUAUGGACCCAGCAAUAUCGAGAUGCCGUACAGUGAAUUUCAAGCGGAAAUGGAACAGAUUGCCACCCGAUCAACUCGGGAGUGGUGCCAUGAGUGUGGUUCGUCAGCCGUGUUCUGCUCUGGUGUCCUGAGCAGGAACAGAGAACCGACAAACAAUGACGACUCUAUGGAUCCAGUAGUUGCUGGUGUCAUAGGGGCAGUGGUGACUAUUGUCAUCUUUGCUUCGAUUGGUAGCGUUUUCGGUCUGCUUACUGCCCUCCGGAAUCGCAAAUUACGCCAAGGGAACCAGGGAGGGUUUAAAGGAGAUCGGAAGAUGGCAGGCGAUGCCGAUAUUACGUUCAAAAACCCUUCAUGGGGCGAUGCCUAUACAGCUGGAAAGCAGAAGUCGGGCGACGAUAUGAGCGGGGCGGUCGUGGUUAGAGGGCAAGAACGUUCGGGCAGUUGGGAGAUGACAGAGCCUAAGGAGCGUAACGGAAAUAGUCCUACGGUGACUGGAGAAUCUAUGCGCUCGCCUUUCGAUGACGACAAUGAAAAUGACGAGGAGUAUCUUGUUCACAGUGCUGUUGAGCCGGCUAAAGUGCGCGAAGCCGUUUAG